AAUAUUUUCCCUUAAAUCUACACACAUUAAGCAUAGCUAGCAUACUCGGGGUUAAAACCGCAUCAGUGUAGUGAUAACCUCAACACACACAGGAUACAGGAACUCGGGCUGGCUGUAAUCUUCGCCUAGUAUUAAAGGACAGUGUAUGAGUUCAGCAACAGCGACUGCGGUGGUGGUGGUGGAGAAGGAGGAGGUGGUGGUGCUGGUGUGAUUCUGAGCCAUGGAUCCUGACCUGGAGGAGUCAAUCGAGUCGAUGGAGAGCUCAUGGGCUCUUCUGUCAUGGCUGGCCUCGUUGGUGAUGGUGUUUGGGGGCGUAGUGCCAUACAUCCCUCAGUAUCAGGAGAUCCAGAAGACUAGCAACACUGAAGGUUUCUCUACCCGCGUGUGCCUGGUUCUGCUCAUUGCCAAUAUACUGCGCAUCUUCUUCUGGGUCGGGAAGCAGUUUGAACUGACUCUGCUUGUGCAGAGUGUGGUGAUGAUUUUAACCAUGCUGGCUAUGCUACACCUGUGCUGCACUGUCCAGAUUAGCAACCGCGUCAGCACCAAACAGCACCGCAUUACAGACCUGGAUGUUCGGUAUUUUUGGAGAUGGAGUGUUUUCGAGGACUACUUGCUGUUCUGUUUCGGUUUUACGAUGCUGUGUGCCUUCCUCACACUCUUCUUCCUGGACUGGGCGGUGUUCGUGGAGUCUCUGGGCUCACUGGCCAUGCUGUUCGAGGCCAUGUUGGGUCUGCCCCAGCUGUUACAGAACUACAACAACGGCUCCACCCGAGGCAUGAGCAUCAAGAUGGUGCUCUUGUGGACUGCCGGGGACAUUUUCAAGACAACGUACUUUGUGAUUAACGAGAGCCCCGCCCAGUUCUGGGUGUGUGGGAUGACCCAGAUUUUGAUUGACAUCGCCAUUCUGGUGCAGGUCGGCUACUACGGUCUGGACUCCAGAGCUAAAGUGGGAUGAGGGUGACAUCUCAGGGAAUUGUACCUUCGGAACAAGGGCUCUUUAAACAUGUGCAUAUAUGCUUCUUAGCUUCUCUUUAGUUUAAAUCUUAUUUAAAUGCUUGUCUCAUUUUUUUUUUGUACACUAUUUAUAUUUUUAGUUACAUUGCUGAUGCACACUGUUACGAGGAAAGAAACACUCCCAUUAUGUAUCGUCUCCAAUAUUCUUUUUUUCUUCACUAUUGUCUUCUUUUGUUGGUGGUGUUGUUCCAUAUCUCUAUUAUGUCUGUCCUUUUUUUUUUUUUUUUUUUUGAGAAAUGUUACUGAGCCUGGCUGCCCCGGGUAUUUUUAGUGAAAUAUGAGCUGGCAGGAACCUCCAGAAAGAACGUGCCAAAUUUAUCUGCAAAUCUGCAACACUUGAUCCACACUUUGGACCGUUCCACCACAAAACUGUCUCAACCACUUACUGUCCUGAAAUCAUUUGCUAACUCUGCACCUGUGGACUUAGAUAAGGAUGUUUCACAGAAUGGUCCCAUAUCAUUUUUAUAGACUUGCUUUAGGAUGAUACUGUUACACCUGAAAGAACAACAAGAGAGUUAGAAUUCAUGUGUAUCCUUAUUCAGUUUAUACUUAAAGAAGAAUCCUGAUUCAAAAAAAAAGAUAAUAUUCUUUACUCCUCAAUAUACGGCCUUCAUGUUUAUCUUUAAAGAGAUUCACUGUUAAUAAAGCCAUAACAGCUAAACUUUAAUCUUAAAAAUCUAGAAUAUUAGAAAUACACUCAUUGGAAGAAAAGAACUAUAGAAAGGUUCUUUAUUUGUCCGUCUGUGGAGAACCUAUAAAGGUUAUGUGUGCAUUCAUACAACUGAGUAUUUUCCUAUUAGAGAAAAUCUGUUUAAAGACAGUGUUAAGGUCACUGAAAGGAAAAGACGCAGGAUGCGGAAAUCAUGUUUGAUUAACUUUAACCUGAAAAUUCACAAAACAAUUCAAGUCGGCAGGAACAUCAUCUCACGCGCAGUGUCAGUGUUGCCUUGCUGUAUUUUUAUUAUUGCGUGGUGCACAUUUGGUACAUGAAUUAGAUUUUUCUGUUGUAAAAUUCUGUUUUUUCUCUCUGCCUGCUCAAAGUUCCUUAUUAGCGAUGUUGGCGCCUUUGGUGUGUAUACCUCUUCAGAAGAACUUUUCGUUUGAUCAAAAACGGUGGUAUGCUUUUGAACAUUUUUUCAAAAGAUUUUUUCCCCCCAGAAUCUCUUGUUCUUGGUUUAUAGAUUAAAUAAAAGGACAAGACCAACUGUCCUUCCCUUUAAGGUAUUACCUGGACCUUUUAUUCUGAGGAGUCACGGUGAUUUAUUUACUGGUAUUAUUUACUGAGAGUCAUUUAUUGUUCAGGAAUUAAUAUACAUAUAUAUAUAUAUAUA